CACUGGCUAUGGCCGGAAUUGGGUAGUUCGUUAUACAUGUUGAUACAUGCUUUGUGAGGCGUUUUGUACGGCGUAGUGAAAAAUAACGGUGUAUUUUGCGGCUUAAAAACGUCCACUGCUUUUUCGCCGUUAUACAAGUAAAACGUGUUUUGUUUGAGGAGAAUUUAGACCACGUUGGCUUUCCAUUACCAGCGGUAUUCGCAGUUGUUCUGUCACUUGGAUGUUCGUGGUUUGGGUAGAACUCAGUCGGCUUCUCUCUUCUGCCAAAUAAUGCAAGAUGUGGCGAAAUGAGGCGGUAGCUGUGAUUUGGCAAACGGGCAACGGAACCCACUGGGUCUCCGGCACGAGCAACGGCACGUUGUUGGUGAAAACCUCCGUGUCAGUCACGAACUGGUCGAGGGGGAGUUACGAGGGACUGGAGCAGCCACUGAAGUGCCUGUCCUCUGCGAAGAUCUUUUUCUCCAUGUCCAUGUGGCUGGCUGGGGUUGACGUCAAUGAAUACUGUCAUCAUAAGCAGCAUGCUAAUGGGUCCAUCACCUUCUUUCUGAACAACGUGUCCAGCUGUGAUGAGUACAGCUGGCUCAGUGAUGGCACUGUGGUUGCUACUGACGACAAUGGUAACACCUCAUUAGUGCAGCACUGGGAAUGUUUUAAUAUCAUCUUCAAAACCUGCCAGCCUAAUGUGACUUUCAAAACUUCAUGUACUGUGAACAUCAUCUCCUGUCCAUAUGACUGCCCCACAGAGUCAGGCAAUGCAAACUUGCAUUUGAACACUACUACACUUGGACCUCAGAAAUAUGGAGGCUUUGGUGUUUGGAGCAUUGUUGCCGUUGCCGUCGCCAUCGCCAUCGCCAUCGCCAUCGCCAUCGCCAUCGCCGUGGUCUUCAUCCUGUGGACCAGGAAGAAAAGAGUAAGAGUCACUCUCACAGCCCUCACUCAUUCUGCUCAUUCACUGGAGUGAGAGUCACUCUCUGAUCUUACUCAGUCACGCUCACGAGUGUCUCUGAUUUCCCUGGCUUCCUGAUCACUUCUGUGUUUUCCAGCUUUCAUUUGUUUCCAUGGUUCCCUGUCUCCUGCCCUUUAUCGCCAGCUGUUCCUAGUUUGUCCCUAAUUGUGGUCCUGUUUAAACCUUGUUCCUGCAUCUCAUGUUUGCUGGUCAUUGUCUAUGUUUAUGUCGACGUCUAUGCCAUUUUCUCACUCUGCCUCACUGGCUUCUGGUUAUGCUGUACUUGUUCUCUGUGAACCAAGUUAAGUUACUCUCUCUGUUUACACUCGCCUUUCUCCUGUUGUUUAGUUAUCUCUCGUUUAAUUCCUACACGCUUUCUACCGGUACUCCAGUUUACACUGCCCUCUCUGUCUGUAUUGCCCUCCCAGUUCAUGUUCGUUAAGUUUAUUCUGUUCUCCUGUCUGCUGUACGUUAUCUCGGUGCUUUCAUCUGCAUUGCUUUCCUGGUCCGUUAUCGCCAGAUUUGUCUAAUUUCAUUCAUCAUCACUUCACUCCCUUUUAGGUUUCUGUUCCCUUGUUCAGUCAUGCAAGCAUUGUUUGGUUUUCCUUUUAAAUCUGUUACCUGUAUUUUAGUCUUGGUUAUUGUUUACCUAGUUAACUUAGCCCAGUUGUUUGUACUCCCCUUGUUUUUCUACCCUGUUUAUCUUAGUUUCAUCCUUCGUUGUUGUCCCGUAAGUCUUCCCUUAAUAUAUAGUUCCCUUAUUUAGUGCUCAUCCUCAUUCUGAUGAAGAAAGCGCUCUGUGAGCACCUGUUUACGUCAUGUUUACAUGCCUCGCGUGGGCUAAGCUGAGCCGUGAGGGUGAGAAGCUGCACACAAGCCCUGGUGGGACCUGGUUAAGCUGUUAUGGAUGCACUACAGUGGAUCAUCAGAGGACAAGCGGCAAACAAAGCAACCACAGUAGAGAAUAAUAUUCUGUUUGUGUGGGCAUCAUUGAAAUUUGAACGUCUACUUGCACUAGAGUAACUGUGACAUGUGCCUUUAACACUGGCAUGGCCAAAAUUGUCAUUAUGAUUGUAUACAUUAUUAGAUGCCACCUUGUCCUCUCUUUUUCUCCACUCUUCUAGUCCAAUGUUGCCUUGACAAGGAUUAGCCUAUACGCAUCCUCUGGUUUAACUCAGGAAAACAUUGGUUAAGACAUAGAUUUACAAACUAGAACUGCACUGCCUGAAAUUUCUUGAGACAUGUAUUAUGUUGACGUGUUAAUUUUUUAUUGUCUGUUGUGUGUUAUAUAAAAAAUAAGCAAACAAAAAUCAAAUUGUAAUGACUAUAAUCAUGCAAAUGUGUAUUAAGCAAUUACUUUUGUACAACAAACACCACUCAACUGUAGUGUUUUUUAAAGUUUUGUAAUAACAAUCUGAGAGUUAUUAAACUCAAAAUGCAUUCCUGCA